AAAGGCAAUACGGCCUUGCACAUUGCAUCGCUGGCGGGUCAGGAGUUGAUCGUUACAAUACUGGUCGAGAAUGGCGCUAACGUGAAUGUACAAUCAUUGAACGGUUUCACGCCGCUUUAUAUGGCAGCGCAGGAGAAUCACGAAUCUGUUGUACGCUAUCUCCUCGCACAUAACGCAAAUCAAGCCUUGGCUACCGAGGAUGGUUUCACACCGUUGGCGGUGGCACUGCAGCAGGGCCACGACCGUGUUGUGGCCUUGCUGCUCGAGAACGACACACGCAGCAAAGUGCGCUUGCCGGCACUCCAUAUUGCUGCUAAGAAGGACGACACGAAAGCAGCCACGCUUCUGCUUCAGGUAAUCCCACAAAUUAAAGAGCAGAAGCUCGAGGAAAAAACAGGUCACAGUAUUCCUUGGUCUGUGCUUCCUUACCACGCCAUCGAUAUGCCAUAA